AUGAAGAGUAUCAAAGGGCAGACCUUGUAUCGUGCCAUGCGGUUCUCCUGUUGCUUGGCAUUCGGGUUGUAUGGAUACGAUGCUGGCGUUCUGGGUGGAGUGCAAGUCACGGCUCCUUUCCGUGAAGCUCUUGGAAACCCAACGGGGUCUUACAUCAUUCCAAUGGUGGCAUCAAGCUACACAUUAGCCGCGGCCGUGUGCUCUCUUGCUGUCUCGUUAAUUGUCAUCGGAGGAAGCCUUCAAGCAUCCUCUUGGUCUGUGGGCCAGAUCAUAGCAGGAAGGGUUCUUUGUGGAUUUGGAAUCGGGUUUAUCUCUUGCGCUGUACCAACCUAUAUGGCUGAAAUGAGCCUCACCGAGAAGGAGCGUGGCCCAGAGGUUGCAUUGCAAUGCAUUUUCCUUGUCAGCGGUUGUGCAUUUGCCUACUGGGUAGACUUCGGUUUCACUCGCCUCGGAAAUCAGCUAUCUUGGCGUUUUCCCCUAGGCUUUCAAGCCCUCCUUGCCGCUACGUCUGGCGUGAUCAUGUUCUUACUCCCAGACACCCCUCGCUGGUACUAUGCCCGUGGUCGCCUUGAGGAAGCGGACGGAAUCCUUGCCCGCCUUCACGACCGACCGAUAUAUGAUCUGGCGGUACAAAAUAUGCAGCAGUCAAUUCUAUCCAUUGAGCACGAGGCAGAGGAGACUAAAUCCCUUAAUGUGUUGGAUUUGAUUUGGGAUCGAUCGAAUUUGCGAGUCGGACGUCGUAUUCGGAUUUCUCUCUUGAUCUUGUCACUUCAACAGAUGAUGGGGAUCAACAUUGCUGUCUAUUACAGCGUCACGAUCUUUUCACAAAUCGGUCUUUCCUCCACUAUCUCUGACCCUUUUCUUCGAAUAGACUGGUGA